AGCCAAAGCUCAGCCGUAAUCCUGUUAAAUCAAAGCAGCCAGAGACGGUCUGACAGCAGCGCGGCGUGGCGAGGUCACGUCGGGGCGGAGCAGGUUGCUGUGAAACACAAAGGAGAGAACAAAACAAAGCCCGGAAGCCUGACAUUCACCGCACGAUAAACCGCCUCCACUGUCGCUCAAUCACAUCCAGACCACUUUGCCUCUGGGACGCGUAAUUUCCAAAAACACGAGCUCCUGUCUUGUGACGAGAAAACAGAUUGCAUGUGUGAUGCUCAAGACUGUGUGAUCCUGCUUUUUCUCUUUUGGUUUUUUUUUUUUUUUUUUACACGCGCAAAAACUCAGCUGUCUGCUGCUGCGGCGCGUCGGGAUGGACCGGAGUUGGCGCAGCGCGGCGGACAGUCCGGUGGGCGGUGUCCUCUCGGCGGAGGGGCUGCCGCCGCUGCCCAAAGGCCUGAUCGGCAUCCUGAACUCCAGCGGCGGGUCGUGGCGGGACAUCGAGAAGGUUCACAGCAAGAGAGCCCGCAUCCAGGCCGACAUCAGCCGAGGGGACGCGCCGAGGGAUCCCGGCAAGCCCGGCGGACUGGACGCUGCUCUGGCUCUGCUGCGGAAAGAGAUGGUGAGCUGCGUUUUCUUCCUGAUAAUCUUUAAA